CUAAGGUCCUGCGACACUAUAUUCAACAAUUAAAUAUACAAUUACAUAUACAUGUAAACAUCACAAAAUUGAAGAAUGAAGAGGCGACUAGGGGCUAUCCCACCAGGUGGACCCUACAGUAAUGAAGUAACUCUGACUUUGGGGACCACCACACAAGAUAUGGCUGGAAAAGGAAGAGGGCGAGGGGCAAACUUCACAUUUGACCUGCAGGCAAUUGGAUUUUCAAGGGGCGAAGCUCUUCCAGAGACUCAAGCACAGCCCACACCCCUGUACCCCAAUUCAGAAUACAAACCGGCUUCUUUACUAGAAGGGGAGGAACAGACCUAUUUAUUGGCAUUAAAACAAGAACUACGAGGAAAUAUGAAAAAGCUGCCGUACUAUAUAGGAAAAGAGAUUCAACAGUCAAGUAUUGACAGGUACAGUGUGAAAUAUCUGCAGGAAGCAGAAAAAAAACGUAUAGAAGACUGGACACCAGACUGGCAGUUACUUCCAAGGGAAAUGAAGGCUGUCAAGAAGAAAAGAAAGGCAGCAGGUGAAAAAAAGGCCAAAGCAGCUAAACCUGACUCCAAAGUGGAUGUUCUGAAGAAAAUUGAAGAACUAGAGAAAAAAGGGGAUGAUGAAAAAUCUGAUGAAGAGAAUGAGGAGAAGAAGAAAGGAGAAGAUGAGGAGGAGGAAGAGGCUGAAGUAGAAGUGGAUGAGGAAGAAAUUGAGGAAGAAAAUGACUAUAUUGCUUCCUAUUUUGAAGAUGGAGAUGAAUAUGGUAACAGUGAUGACAACAUGGAUGAAGCUACUUAUUGAUCCUCCAUAGAAGCAUGCACACUACAGAACCUGUAUCAAUAAUUCAUUUAAUUUUCUAUUCUUAAAGAAAUAUGUGCCACCGAUUUUGUUCCACCAUUUAUUUAAAAAAAAUAUACAUAUAUUUUUUAAUAUAUUUAUGUUCAAUAAAAUAAAAUUCACUAA